UCAAGCCUUGCACACGCUGUGUACUUUUACCAAUUUCUAUAUAUAGCUUGAACAGUUUUGGCGAAGGUCUUACCAAAAAAAAAGGAAAACAUCAAAAAGAAACGGUUCGUACGGACUGGUUUUAUGAUGAGGAAGCGCCCUGCCCAAUCAACAAUGAUCGAACAUUUUGUAUUAUUAUCAUGUGUGUAGUCAUUUGCUUGGCUGAUUGUGUUCAUAUGAAGGUUUAUACGUGCCUUCAUGUUUUGAAAAACCGAUAAAAUAUCAGAGGCCUAAUUUUUCAAAAAAUGGAAUUAAUGCGCAUUGCGGGGCGAGUAUGUUCGCCAGAGUCACGUUUUAUCCGACUCUAUUCUACAAUGUGGCUAUGGAAAAACUAUCUUCGCGAAGAUGGUAUGAUCGGAUCGACGAAACCGUUAUUCUCGGUGCCUUACCAUUUCGAACAAUGACGAAAAAGUUGAUAACCGAAGAAAAAAUAGCUGCCGUCGUUUCGAUGAACGAGGACUACGAAUUGAAUCUAUUGUCCAACACUGAGAAGGAAUGGGCUGACCAGAACGUUCAGUUUCUGCAAUUAUCAACUACGGACAUAUUCGAGUCGCCCAGCCAGGAUAAGCUUCAAAAAGGUGUGAAUUUUAUCAACAAAUUUGACGGCAGUGGAAUAACACCGAGUGGCAAACAGCCGGGAUCCGUUUACGUUCACUGUAAAGCUGGAAGAACGCGAAGUGCAACACUCGUUGGUUGUUAUCUGAUGAAGAAACACGGAUGGAGCCCGCGGCAGGCAGUAGAUUUUAUGAAAAGCAGACGCGAGCAUAUACUCUUACACACUGCUCAAUGGCGAGCAUUGACACAAUAUUACCAAAAUUACGUUGAGAAUCAACCUCAAGAGAAAUGUAAUUAGUGAAUUGUCAUUGAAUAUUGCUGACUUGUACAUUGUUACUUAGAUUUUUUCAAAUGGUGCGUUUGGAUUUUCCUCAUGAGUACAAAAAUUUGUUAUUUAUAAAGCUAAUGACGAGAGGCGUAUAGCAAUUAUUGAUAGAAUCGUUUUUAUAUAGUGUAAAGUAUAAAUAUAAAACACCGAACAGUUUGUAAGCAAAA